CCCCCGGCAGGGACGGCGGCUGGAGCCGCGCCGCUACCCCGGCUGCGAGCGAGCGAAGUCUCGGGGACCGGGUUCAUGCCGGGCGGGGAGAGCAGGAGCCCGGCCAGGAAUGGGCACGGAGCCGGCCGAGUCAGGUAUCAUGGCAAAGGAGAGGGUUGAAGGAUUUGAAGGUGGAUAAUUACGAAGCAUUGCAGAUCCGUACUGAGAGCACCUCCCAGGCAUAUGGGGCAGCAGGGGAGAAACCACAAAGGCUCCCACGGCUAGCUACUGCAGCCUGGUGACUCUUACUCCGGAGGGGAUCUAGUAACUUAAAAGUGAGAGAGCCUCCAGCCUGCCAGCCCUAUUAGCACAACAUUGAAACAGGCAUUUGCCAACCCCCAGAUUGUAGCUAAGAAGUGAGCAGGAUGCCCCCGGGCAUCUAUUGCCCUGUUGAAUUCUGGUCCAAGGAAGAAAACCAAACCAUCCAAGUGGACUUCCUGCUGCCUACAGGCAUAUACCUGAAUCUCUCUGUAUCCUGCAAUGCCAGCUUGGGCACUAUCAAACAGGUGGUCUGGCGUCACGCACAGUAUGAGCCGUUGUAUCACAUGCUCAAUGACCCCGAAGCGUACGUCUUCACGUGUAUCAACCAGACAGCCGAGCAGCAGGAGCUGGAGGAUGAGCAGCGGCGCCUCUGCGACAUUCAGCCCUUCCUGCCUGUCCUUCGACUGGUGGCUCGUGAAGGUGACCGCGUCAAGAAGCUGAUUAACUCCCAGAUCAGCCUGCUUAUUGGGAAAGCAGCGGCAGCUGAUUAUCAAGGACCAGUGACCCUACUGCUAUGUGGAUCAUCUCUCUUUAUUUUAACACCCCGCUCAGGUUUGCAUGAGUUUGACUCGGUGCGCGACCCGGAGGUGAAUGACUUCCGUGCAAAAAUGCGACAGUUCUGUGAAGAGAAGGCGGUGAAGCGACAGCAGCUGAGCUGGAUGACCUGGAUGGAAUACAACUUUCCCUUGCAACUGGAGCCCUUGGCCAAAGGUCCCAGGACCGGCCCCCUUCGCAUCCCCAACAAGAACAUCUUCGUCAACGUCAAGUUUGAGUCUGGCGGGGAGAGCUUCACCUUCCAAGUCUCCCCCAAGGAAUUCCCUGUCACGUUAAUGAGCUAUGCCAUCAAGAAGCAAGCUACCGUCUUCCGCCACCAGACAGUGGAGAGCCCUGAGGAUUAUACUCUGCAGGUGAAAGGGAAAUGUGAAUAUCUCUACGGGAACUACCCUCUGUACCAGUUCCAGUACAUCCGCAGCUGCCUGCACCAUGGUCUGAUGCCCCACCUGACGAUGGUACACUUCUCCUCCAUCAUCGCUAUGCGAGACGAGCAGACCAACUGCACCGCCCACACCCCGAAGAUGGUUUCCAAGCCUCCCCCGCUCCCCAAGAAAAAGCCAACUCACGAGUCUCUCUGGUCCCUUAAUCAGCCUUUUUACAUUGAACUGGUGCAAGGCAGUAAAGUGAAUGCAGAUGAGAGGAUGAAGUUGGUGGUGCAGGCAGGCCUUUACCAUGGCAACGAGAUGCUCUGCAAGAUGGUGUCAAGCGCCGAGGUGAAUGUGUGUUCGGAGCCAGUGUGGAAACAGAGGCUGGAUUUUGACAUUAGCAUCUGCGACUUGCCCCGCAUGGCGCGGCUCUGCUUCGCCCUCUACGCUGUUAUCGAGAAGGCCAAGAAGGCACGAUCCACCAAGAAAAAAUCCAAGAAAGCGGACUGUCCAAUAGCCUGGGUGAAUGUCAUGCUCUUUGACUACAAGGACCAGUUGAAAACAGGAGAGUGCUGCCUGCACAUGUGGUCAUCAUUUCCAGAUGAGAAAGGGGAGCUGUUGAACCCCAUGGGCACAGUCCAGAGCAACCCCAACACAGAGAGCGCAGCAGCCCUGGUCAUCUGCUUCCCCAGCGUCACACCCCAUCCUGUGUACUACCCAUCCUUCGAGCAGCUGUUGGAGUUGGGGAGGAACGGAGAGUACACCCGUGCCGCACCAGAGGAUCCAGAGGAGAAGCAGCAGCUGAGGGAGAUCCUGGAGCGAAGGAGCCACACCGAACUCUAUGAGCAUGAGAAGGACCUGGUGUGGAAGAUGAGGUACGAGAUCCGGGACCAGUACCCAGAGGCCUUGGCAAAGCUCCUCAUCAUCACCAAGUGGAACAAACAUGAGGAUGUUGCCCAGAUGAUCUCCCUGCUCCGGUCCUGGCCGGAGCUGCCUGUCCUGAAUGCCCUGGAGCUGCUGGAUUUUAGCUUCCCUGAUCGCUAUGUUGGUUCCUUCACAAUCAACUCAUUAAAAAAGCUGACAGAUGACGAAUUGUUCCAGUAUCUGCUGCAGCUUGUCCAGGUGCUCAAGUAUGAAUCCUACUUAGACUGUGAAUUAACCAAGUUCCUACUGGACAGAGCUUUAGCCAAUCGCAAAAUAGGACACUUUCUGUUUUGGCAUCUCAGGUCAGAGAUGCACGUCCCUGCAGUCGCCCUCAGGUUUGGCCUGAUUUUGGAGGCCUAUUGCAGAGGCAGCAACUACCAUAUGAAAGUUCUAAUGAAGCAGGGGGAAGCACUUAAUAAAAUGAAAGCCUUGAAUGACUUCAUUAAAGUGAGCUCUCAGAAGGCCACCAAACCACAAGCCAAGGAGAUGAUGCAUGUGUGCAUGAAGCAGGAGACCUAUCUCGAGGCACUUUCCAAUCUCCAGUGCCCCCUGAACCCCACCAUUAUUCUUGCUGAAGUUUGUGUGGAUCAGUGCACUUUUAUGGACUCCAAGAUGAAACCGUUGUGGAUUGUGUUUAAUAAUGAAGAAGCAGGUGGAAGGGGAGUGGGCAUCAUUUUCAAAAAUGGAGAUGAUCUCCGUCAGGACAUGCUGACUCUGCAGAUGAUCCAGCUGAUGGACGUACUGUGGAAGCAGGAGGGUUUGGACCUGAGGAUGACCCCUUAUGGCUGCCUCUCCACAGGCGACAAGACGGGGCUGAUCGAAGUCGUCCUGCACUCGGACACCAUUGCCAACAUCCAACUGAACAAAAGCAACAUGGCAGCCACUGCAGCUUUCAACAAGGAUGCGCUGCUGAACUGGCUAAAAUCCAAGAACCCAGGACUCAUCUUCGUUUCUGUCCCUUGCAGUGAAGCACUAGAACAAGCCAUAGAGGAGUUCACUCUUUCCUGUGCUGGGUACUGUGUGGCAACGUAUGUGCUGGGCAUAGGGGACCGGCACAGCGACAACAUCAUGAUCCGGGAAACUGGCCAGCUGUUUCAUAUUGAUUUUGGCCACUUCUUGGGGAACUUCAAAACCAAAUUUGGUAUUAACAGAGAACGGGUUCCUUUUAUCUUAACCUAUGACUUUGUGCAUGUGAUCCAGCAAGGAAAAACUAACAACAGUGAGAAGUUUGAAAGAUUCAGGGAUUACUGUGAAAAAGCCUACAUGAUCCUGAGGUGCCAUGGUCUUCUCUUCCUGCAUUUGUUUGCACUGAUGAAAGCUGCUGGCCUGCCAGAACUCAGCUGCUCUAAAGACAUUCAGUAUCUCAAGGAUUCUCUAGCUUUAGGAAAAACAGAUGAGGAGGCACUGAAGCACUUCAGACUAAAAUUUAAUGAAGCCCUUCGAGAGAGCUGGAAAACCAAAGUGAACUGGUUGGCACACAACGUAUCCAAAGAUAACAGACAGUAAUUAGAGCGCCUGGACCACGCACAGGCUAGGAGAAUGUAAUAGCAGUGGCCAUGAGCCAGUUGUAUAAAGACUGCUGAACAUUGCCAUGUUGAAGAUCAAAAACCUGCCCCUCAAGUUUUUGAGAAGAGUCUACAUCAUCCCAUUCUAGAUCUCUAGGGCAGAAGAGGGACGGCAUGAGGCAAUAAGAUUAAUGUAUACACUGAAAGGUAGGUUUAUGUGAAACUUGCAACUGUAAGUUCUUAAGUAUGCAGUCCCUCAUUUAAGGGUAGAGGUGAGGCAGUUGUGCUACUUAAGUACAUUCCUCACCCACUGCUCAGUUUUAGGGAUGUGGAGCCGUGCUCAAAGGGGCUGUAAUUUGGCCAGUAGCAUAUCAACUUUUUAAAGCCAGACUAGAUUAGCACUAGCAGUGAACAAUGCAGAGAAAAUAGUAUGUUGGUGCAUCUAAUAACUUCAGUCCCUCUCUACCCAAUCACAGUUAGAAGGUACUGCUGGGCAAUACUUUUUCUAGUUGAGGAUUUCACCAGCUUAACCCCUACCCUUUUCAGUGAUGUAUUUUAAUAAAGCAUCACAAGAUGGUAUACCUGUUUUGAGACAGUCAGAAGAUAAUGCUACCAAGCUGUAAUAUAUAUAACUACAGGAACUCCUCACUUAAUGUUGUAGUUGUGUUUCUGAAAAAUGCAACUUUAAGCAAAAUAUUAAGUGAAUCCAAUUUCCCCAUAAGAAUUAAUGUAAAUGAGGGGGUUAAGUUCCAGAGUAUUUUUUUUCCACCAAUUUAAUACUGGUACACAGUGGUGAUGAUUGUGAAGCUUGGUUGAGGUGGAGGAGUCAGAGGGUGGGAUAUGCCUUAGUGCGAAAUGAACUAGCACUUGACUGAGCCCUCAAGGAUUAACCCUCUACCUUCCCUCCUUUCCUGCUGCCUUGUAGACAGACACACACACCCUGUGGGUGAGAAAAAAAUGUGCAUUGCCCCUUGAAGUAGCUAACCUCAGGCUCAAGUACCCUGCCUUAUUAAUUACAUCAGCUUGCUGAAACCUGAGAUAACAGCUACUGCUUAGAAGCUCCUUCCCUCUGCUGUGUGUCCCCCCUGCUCAC